CUCUCUGCGCACUCUCUACCAAACUUGAAUGCAAUGUCCAAACUCGAGGUUUUAUCAGCUGUGUGGAAUACAUUCAAGACGGAGGGCGGGUAAUAUUCACAGCACUUUCGACUUGAGGCUGUUUCUCAUAGGGCACAAAGCUUCUGGGCUUACUCUUAUAUUCUUGAUAAAUAAACAGCGGGGAUACUCUCGUAAACGGACCGCUAAUCUUCACGCAUACUUUCUGCCGCGGUGUUUUUUUUGUGUGUGUGUGUUGUAGUCAAGCUCUCAGUAUCGCGUGGAAUCCACAUUACAUAUGAUCCGAUAAGAGUUCGCGACGCGCUCGGUUCUUCACGCGGGUGAGACGUCGUUGCGUUCUUUCUACGUCUUCACGUAACUUCACGUUACAUUUGUGUUGUCGCGAAUUCCAUCCGGUCUGUAAAACAAACUGAAGUGCCGGCGCGUUUAUGUUAACUGUUACUUUGUUGAGGGGGCGAACCGGUCUCGGCUGCUCUCCCUUUGUUUGGGCCCAGGACUCGGCUGAAUCCACUGGAGCUCCGUCUCAAACGUCUCAUUCGACCGCCAACGCUAUUUUAGGAUGGCUCCACAAAAGCACGGAUCUGGUGGAAACGGUUUUUAUGCCAACAGCGGCGCGAGCAAAGCGGCUAAUGGAGGAGCGCACGUAUCGUCCGGUGUUGUGAUGACUUCAGUCAAGCGACCCAAGAUGGAGCAGGUCCAAACCGACCACGAACUCUUCCUGCAAGCCUUCGAGAAACCAACUCAAAUAUACCGUUUUCUUCGCACAAGGAAUAUUAUAGCACCAAUCUUCCUGCACAGAUCUCUUACAUAUAUGUCCCACAGAAACUCAAGAACAAAUUCAAAAAGAAAAUGCUUUAGCGUGAAUGACCUGCUAUUCAAAGCAGAGAAGUCGAAAGUGGAUCAGGAAUCUCACAACAUGGCGUCAAACCUGCAGCUCACUUUUACUGGAUUCUUUCAUAAAACUGAGAAGCCGUUGCAGAACUCAGAGAAUGAAGAAAACUCUGUGUCUGUGGAAGUGCUACUUGUCAAGGUCUGCCACAAGAAGAGAAAGGAUGUAAGUUGUCCAGUAAAGCAAGUGCCUACAGGUAAAAAGCAGGUGCCUCUGAACCCAGACAGCAGUCAGAUCAAGCUGGGAGCUUUCCCCACACUGAUCGUGCCCAGCCAAGAGUUUGAACCCAGUAACGGCCACAUGGUGAAGUCCUACUCCCUUCUGUUCCGAGUGUCUCGUCCAGGGGGGAGAGAGCACAACGGCGUGACCACCAGAGAUACCAAUGUUAUGGAAGAGCUGUCUAACAGGAAGAAGAGAUACUGCUCUAAUCAGGAUGAUGGAGAAACUAUAUUUGUGGCGCAAAUGACAGUUUUUGAUAAAAAUAGACGCCUCCAGCUUUUGGAUGGUGAGUAUGAAGUCUCCAUGCAGGAGAUAGAGGAGAGUCCUGUAGGCAAGAAAAGGGCAACGUGGGAAACCAUACUAGAUGGGAAGUGGCUUCCACCCUUCGAGACCUUUUCUCAGGGACCCACGCUGCAGUUCACUUUGCGAUGGACCAAUGACACGGCUGACAGGGGAACGGCACCAGUGGCCAAACCGCUUGCCACACGCAAUUCUGAAUCCAGCACAGUAGACAGCGGCAAGCCUAGCAAUGUGAAGCCGCCACAUGCAGUAGCUGUUAGUGAAUCAGUUGGCGCUGAUCUACCAGUUAGAAGAGAACAAACUCAUGUCGAACCUCGUCAGAAACUACGUGUUUAUUAUCAGUUCCUGUAUAACAAUAACGCACGGCAGCAGACGGAGGCCAGAGAUGACCUGCACUGUCCCUGGUGCACGUUGAACUGCCGUAAGCUCUACAGCCUCCUCAAGCACCUCAAGCUCUCCCACAGCCGCUUCAUCUUCAACUAUGUGCCUCAUCCUAAAGGAGCCAGGAUAGAUGUGUCGAUUAAUGAAUGCUAUGACGGCUCUUACGUGGGCAACCCUCAGGACAUCCACUGCCAGCCUGGCUUUGCCUUCAGCCGUAACGGCCCAGUGAAGAGGACUCCAGUUACACACUUCCUUGUCUGCAGGCCCAAGCGCUCAAAGCCCAGCCUCUCCGAGUUCCUGGAGCCAGAGGAUGGAGAACAGGAGCAGCAGCGGACAUACAUCAGCGGCCACAACCGCCUGUACUUCCACAGCGACAGCUGCACGCCGCUUAGACCACAGGAAAUGGAUGUGGACAGUGAGGACGAGACGGACCCGGCAUGGCUCAGAGAGAAGACCGUUAUGCAAAUCGAUGAAUUCACGGAUGUCAAUGAGGGAGAGAAAGAGGUCAUGAAAUUGUGGAACCUGCAUGUAAUGAAACAUGGUGGCCUGGAUACUCUCCUCGUAUCACCUUACAUAUUCAUAGCUGACAACCAAAUGAAUCAGGCCUGCUUGUUGUUUGUGGAGCAGCACAGCACCACCAUCAUCGAGAAGAACCUUUGCCGGAACAUUCUGCUCCAUCUGGUCAGCAUGCACGACUUUGGUUUAGUGAAUACAGGGACCAUAGAUAAGGCCAUGGCUCACCUGAAACCGCAAAAAGAUGGCCAGGAGCAAGCCAAAACGCAAGACGAUGCUGAUGGUGGAUCCAGCUGCGAUGGUGAAGCCAGUGUAUCAAGUUUAGUCAACACCCAGAAUCACUGAAACCUCCUCCUCACACUCUGCGUUGAAUUGAGUGUCAGCAGGCAUCCGAGAGCCACCAAAUUCUGCUUGCUCACAGGGUUAAAGUUGAUGUCGAGUUCGAAGCGGUUUAUGUGGUUCGACAGCCAUAUACUCUGCAGAUCAUGAUUUUGGCCUGAUGUCAUCAGAGUUCAAAGCAACUCUUUACUAGGUUCAAAUUACUUGAAGAUGCCAUUAGUCUUUAUGAUGGAGUGUACAAGCAGGUCAGAUUUUUCUUUUCCCACACAACCCUGUAGCUCUAGCAAAUGUUUAGCACUUGUUUUAG